AUGACGAAUACUUGUAGAAGUCUCGAAUGCUCUAUUUGUUGUGAUAAAACUGAAAAUACAUUGAAUAUGACAAUUCGAUGUACCCAUAAACCAUCUAUUUGUCAAGAUUGUAUUAAUAAAUAUGUGAAUAUUCAAUUAAAUCAAAGAAAUACAUUGAUCAAAUGUCUUAUUGAUGAAUGUGAUAGUGUAAUGGAAUACCAGGAUGUUCAACGUGUUGUUUCUCAAGAAAAUUUUCAAAA